UUGGGACAACUUCAAUAUAAGCAUUAUAGCCACUAAAAAGGUCAGGCGGCCAGAAAAACAAACACUUCAUAUCUUCUCCAUGGCCAAUCCAAUAAUUUCUGUGCCUCUUUUUGAAAAGGUUUUUCCCAAAAACACAUACCAAAGAGCUGUAGAUGUCGCUCUCUUGUUCCUUCUCUUUUGUCUUUUAAUCUAUCGUCUCAUGUCUCUCAACAAUUAUGGACUUGCUUGGUUUCUCGCCUUCUUAUGCGAGUUAUGGUUCACUUUCAAUUGGAUUCUCAUUGUUUGCACCAGAUGGACUCCUAUGUUAUACAAACCAUUUCCUGAACGCCUCCAACAACGGGUGCCGGAACUUCCACCAAUGGACGUGUUUGUAACAACGGCUGAUGCUGUGCUAGAGCCACCUAUCCUCACAGUGAACACUGUGCUGUCUUUGUUAGCAGUUGAUUAUCCAGCUAACAAACUAGCCUGCUAUGUCUCUGAUGAUGGCUGUUCACCUCUAAUCUUCUAUUCUCUCGUUGAAGCAACCAAAUUUGCCAAGCUUUGGGUGCCAUUCUGUAGGAAAAACAAUAUUCAAGUUGGAGCUCCGUUUCGGUACUUCUUGGAUGAAUCGAAACCGUCCAGUGCAAAUUCUAGGGAUUUCCAAAAGGAAUGGAAAUAUAUGAAGGAGGAGUAUGAGCAGCUUAGCAGAUGCAUAGAGAAUGCAGCGCAACAGCCUUUUCCCAUUGGUCUAACUGGCGAGCUGGCUGUUUUCUCCCAAACUGAAUUGCGAAACCAUCCGACAAUAGUCAAGGUCCUAUGGGAGAACAAGGAGGGUCUGCCUGAAGGGUUGCCACAUCUAAUUUACGUAUCGAGAGAGAAGAGGCCAAAGAAUCCCCAUCAUUACAAAGCAGGAGCUAUGAAUGUACUAACUCGAGUGUCCGGGUUGAUGACAGAUGCUCCCUUCAUGCUUAAUUUGGACUGCGACAUGUUUGUCAACAACACACAGAUUUUUCAGCAGGCAAUGUGUCUCAUGCUCGGUUCUAAGAAUGAGCAAGACUGCGCAUUUAUUCAGUGUCCACAAUUAUUCUAUGAUAGGCCACAAGACUUGUUGCUUUUGCAUGAAUAUAUCGGGAAAGGAAUAGUGGGAAUUCAAGGACCUUACUAUGGAGGUACAGGAUGUUUUCAUAGACGAAAAGUUAUCUAUGGUUUGUGGCCGGAUGAAGCGGAAAAUCAAGGAAAAUUAUAUGAUAAUGUGUUACUAAAAGAAUGUGGAAAUUCAAAGGAAUUCAUCACAUCAGCCGUUCAUGCUUUGAAAGGGAAGACAGAUUAUUUUGCCAGCAACCUGUCUAAAUCUCUUGAGGCAGCUCACCAAGUUGCAAGUUGUAGCUAUGAAUACGGUACUGGCUGGGGUAAAAAGUUUGGGUGGAUAUAUGGAUCUCUAGUAGAAGAUAUCUUAACAGGGUUGACCAUCCAUACAAAAGGGUGGAGAAGUGGGUAUUGCUCACCAGACCCUCCGGCUUUUCUAGGAUGUGCUCCACCUGAUGGGCCUGCAGUGAUGGUCCAACAAAAGAGGUGGACAACUGGACUGCUUGAAAUCUUUUUCAGCAAACACAAUCCAGUAAUUGGUACCCUCAAAGGCAAACUUCAAUUCAGGCAAUGCUUGGCGUAUUUGUGGCUCCUUGUUUGGGGCUUCCGUUCCAUUUUUGAGCUUUGCUAUGCUACUCUGCCAGCCUAUUGCAUCCUCACCAACUCUAAUUUCUUGCCCAAGGUACAAGAACCAGGCAUAUAUUUUAUUGUGGCUCCUUUUGUGAUCCACCAUCUAUAUACUCUAUCAGAGUUCAUUCGAACUGGAUUCUCAGUUUAUUCAUGGUGGGUUGGCCAAUGUAUGGCAAGAAUUGUGACAAUGACUGCGUGGUUGUUUGGAGUUAUAAAUGUGAUACUAAAACUCUUAGGAUUAUCUGAGAUGGUUUUUGAAAUUACACAGAAAGGUCUAUCUACUUCUAGUGAUGGUGGUGAUGAUGAUGAUGAAGGUAAAUUUGUCUUCGAUGAGUCCCCGGUUUUUGUGUCAGUCACGACGGUUGUGCUGGUGCACUUGACUGCAUUGGCUACCGGCUUGUUGGGGCCACAACCAAUAUCAGUUGGGAAAGGGUCAGGCCUAGCUGAGUUCUUUUGCAGUGUGUUUCUGUUGGUAGCUUUCUGGCCGAUUGUGGAAGGUCUGUUUAGGAAAGGAAAAUAUGGGAUCCCCUUAUCCACCAUAUUUAAAUCUGCUGCUUUGGCAUUAUUUUUUGUAUAUUUGAGUAAAUUGUAAAAGAAGCUCCUAGGAUUGAGAUGAUAAAUGUUCCUGCUGAUGACAUGAGACUAAUAUUAGAUCUUCUUCAUUGUUGCUUUUA